AUGGAUCCAGUCAAGUACAUCUUCGAAAAGCCCACUCUUACUAGGAGAAUAGCUCGAUGGCAGGUUUUGUUGUCGGAAUUUGAUAUUGUUUAUGUCACUCAGAAGGCAUUAAAAGGGAGCGCCUUAGAAGAUUAUCUAGCUCAACAACCCAUAAGUGAUUUUCAGCCUAUGCAUCCAGAUUUCCCUGAUGAGGAUAUCAUGGAAGACAGUGAGGAUGAAGACAAAGAGAAGUGGAUUGUAUGGUUUGAUGAGUACAAAGCAUGUGCCCUAGGAAUCCGAGCGACAAUCGACUUUAGGGUUAAGUUGCUCAAAGUGUACGGAGAUUCGACAUUGGUAAUUCAUCAGUUGAAAUGUGAAUGGGAAACCAAAGACCGUAAGUUGAUACCUUAUCAGGCUUACAUCAAGGAAUUGAUGGAACUCUUUGAUGAUAUAUCAUUUCAUCACAUUCCUAGAGAGGAAAACCAAAUGGCUUAUGCUCUCGCCACUUUAUCGUCUGUGUUCAAAAUAAACCCUCACAGAGAUUUGCCAUGCAUAGACAUCAAAUGUCACGUUAAGCCUGCACACUGUUGUUUGAUAGAAGAAGAGGAGGAUGGUAAGCCUUGGUAUUUUGAUAUCAAACGAUACAUCAAGGACAAAGAAUACCCAGCUGAGGCCUCUGACAAUGACAAGAGGACAUUACAGAGGUUGGCGACCAGUUUCCUUCUAAGUGGGGAUGUCCUAUAUAAAAGAAACCAUGAUAUGGUACUGCUCCGGUGUGUGAAUAUAGAUGAGGCCGAGUAG